AUGAGCGACCACAACAACCAAACACUACGCCCCUCCAGCAUGGCGGAUUCGGAGAAAACAGCCACGCAUAGUGCCGAGCCUUCAGUGCUUGAGAAGAACAGGGCAAUCGACACCGUCGAACCUACAGCCCUAGAGAAGAACAGCGUGAUCGACACAGCCGAGCCCACAAUCCUUGACGACAAGACAACUUCGAACCGCAACUCCACAGUGGAUUCAUCUGACGACAAUGAGGACAACUUCGAAUACCCAACAAAAUGGAAGCUCACUAUCAUCACCUUGGCUUUAUGUCUUUCGGUUUUCUGCAUGGCAUUGGAUAACACCAUCAUCGCAACUGCCAUUCCCCGAAUCACAGAUCAAUUUAAGGCGUUGGAUGAUGUGGGUUGGUAUGGCUCAGCGUACCUGCUCACGACCUGCGCGACACAACUCAUCUACGGCAAAUUCUACACGUUCUACUCGAUCAAAUGGGUCUAUCUCGUUGCGCUGUUCAUUUUCGAGCUCGGCUCCUUGAUCUGUGGUGUUGCGCCCAACUCUACUACCCUUAUCAUUGGUCGUGCGGUUGCUGGUGUUGGUGCUGCUGGCAUUUUCAGCGGCGCCGUAUUGAUCAUUGCGAACACAGUUCCUCUACGACAACGUCCUGCCUAUAUGGGCAUCGUAGGUGGUACAUACGGAAUCGCUAGUGUUGCGGGGCCGCUCAUGGGUGGAGCCUUUACUGAUCACCUAACGUGGCGAUGGUGCUUCUACAUCAACCUACCAUUCGGUGCCCUCACCGCCGCAUUCAUCGUCCCCUUCUUCAAGAUCACGCGUCGCGGCAAGAAAACCGAAGCAACAUGGAAGCAACAGAUUCAGAAGUUCGACCUGCCUGGCACUGCUCUAUUUUUGCCUGCGAUCAUUUGCUUGCUGCUCGCGUUGCAGUGGGGCGGAUCCAAGUACGCGUGGGGAAGUGGCCGCAUCAUCGCUUUGCUUGUACUUGCAGGUCUUCUCGUCAUCGGAUUCCUCGCCAUCCAAGUGUGGAAGCAAGAGGAUGCCACUGUCCCUCCCCGCGUAUUCAAGAACCGCACCGUUUGGAGCAGCGCCUGGUAUGGGGCUAUGCUUGGCGCUUCAUUCUUCAUCAUGGUGUACUAUCUUCCAAUUUGGUUCCAGGCCAUCAAGGGAGCAUCAGCAACCAAAUCUGGCAUCAUGAAUCUGCCCUCCAUCCUCGGUUUAGUCAUCAUAUCGAUCAUAGCAGGCGGCUUAGUCACUACAUUCGGUUACUACACGCCAUUCAUGAUAGCGGGAUCAGUUCUCAUGAGCAUAGGGACCGGAUUGAUAUGCACCUUUGCAGUUGACACAGGCUCCCCAAAGUGGAUUGGUUACCAGUUCAUCUUCGGUGCUGGAGUGGGACUCGGCAUGCAACAGACCCUCAUCGCUGUUCAAACUGCGCUGCCUGCCGAAGACAUCCCUAUCGGUACGGCCAUCAUGAUGUUCACGCAAAUGCUUGGUGGAGCACUCUUCAUCAGUGUUGGACAAAACGUCUUCACCAACCAACUCAUCAAGAACCUCGCCAGAGUCGUACCUGAUCUCGACGCGAGCAUCGUUCUUACCACGGGCGCCACGGAACUGAAGCAUGUUGUUCCGGCAGAAUACCUGUCGGGCGUGCUUUCAGCGUACAACUCUAGUCUGGUCCAGACCUUUUACGUGUCCGUCGCAGCAGCAGUUGUCUCGAUCUUCGGCGCCGUAUUCGUGGAGUGGAAGAGUAUGAAGGGGAAGAAGGUUGAGAUGAUGGCAGCAUAA